GUUUAAGGACGUUGUAGCUGUGUCAAAACACGGCCCUAUUUUCUGUCAGCAAGUUUUAUUGUCUUUGAAGUGUGAAAUGCACAGCGCGAGGGAGAGUGAACAUUCGCACGGAUUAUCCCCUUACGCUGAAUUUCCAUUUGUAUUCAUCAUGGUGUGAUAUGCGAAAAAAUGUUUAAAGUAGAUUACAUGCCUCAAUCAUUAAUAGCUGAGGGAGACGUCACUUUAUUUUUGAAUCGUUAUCCCCGGGAAAAGUGCGCUCUAUUUCGAAAUAAUAUGCAGAAUUUGGUGACCCAUCUUUCACGAUGUCAAUUUCAAGGCUGGAUGAGGGUUAUCGAUAUGAAGAGCUCAUCAACUAACUGGAUAUCCUGCGGCCAGCCUUUCACUGAGCCUGCCAUAUGGAAGCCCAAGUUCUGCAUAGUUACCGACUGUCAGCUACUCCUAUUGGACAAACAAGAGAUCCACCCGCUGCUGCUGCAGGAGCGCCGGGCCGAGUCGUGCACGGUAUGGCUACUACGUCAUACCCUCACUGUGCCCAGAGACCGCCACACCCUUGGAGACAAAACAGCCCUGGCCACAGUCAACAAGCUCCCUCCUGAGAGGGUGGGUCGCAGGCGCAGCAUGCCGGGCAGCGCUUUGGACAAAAGCCCCUCCAUGGAGCCAGCCACCUCAACCCCAUUCAAAGUCACGGGCUUCUUGAGCCGCAGACUAAAGGGCUCCAUCAAACGCACCAAGAGCCAACCCAAGCUGGACCGCAACAGCAGCUUCAGAAACAUCCUGCCGGGCUUCAAGACCACAGACAAUGACAGAUCCCAUCUGAUGCCGAGGCUGAAGGAAUCACGGUCUCACGAGUCGUUGCUCAGCCCCAGCAUUGCAGUAGAAGCUUUAGAUCUCAGCAUGGAGGAUGAGGUGUUGAUCAAACCGGUGCACGGCAGCAUCCUGGGCCAGGACUUCUGCUUCGAGGUAACCACUUCCACUGGAACCAAAUGCUUUUCGUGUCGGUCAUCUGCCGAGAGGGACAAAUGGAUGGAAAACUUAAGGAGAGCUGUACAUCCUAACAAAGACAACAGUCGGCGUGUGGAGAACCUUCUAAAAUUGUGGAUUAUUGAGGCCAAGGACCUUCCAGCCAAGAAAAGGUAUUUCUGUGAGUUGUGUCUGGACGACACGCUUUACGCACGGACUACCUGCAAACUCAAAAUGGACAAUGUAUUCUGGGGAGAGCACUUUGAGUUCAACAACUUACCUUCCGUCAAAAGUGUCACUGUUCACCUGUACAAGGAGUCGGACAAAAAGAAAAAGAAGGACAAGAACAACUAUGUGGGCCUGGUCAACAUUCCCGUCGGUGCCGUCACUGGACGCCAGUUUGUGGAGAAGUGGUAUUCUGUGAGCACGCCCAACCCGAACAAAGGGAAAACUCCCGGACCUAUGAUUCGGCUCAAGUCGCGAUACCAGAGCAUGAGUAUCCUGCCUAUGGAGUCGUAUAAGGAGUUUGCAGAGUACAUCACCAAUAACUACAUGCUGCUGUGCUCCAUCCUGGAGCCUGGCCUCAGUGUGAAGAACAAGGAGGAGAUGGCCAGUGCCCUGGUUCACAUCCUACAGAGCACCGGCAAGGCUAAGGACUUCCUGACUGACCUGAUGAUGUCAGAAGUGGAUCGCUGUGGGGAGAACGAGCACCUAAUCUUCAGGGAGAACACACUGGCCACCAAAGCCAUUGAGGAGUACCUUAAACUGGUGGGGCAGAAGUACCUGCAGGACGCACUAGGAGAGUUCAUCAAAGCCCUGUACGAGUCAGACGAGAACUGCGAGGUGGACCCAGGGAAGUGUUCCUCAGGAGACCUCCCUGAGAACCAGAGCAAUCUAAAGAUGUGCUGUGAGCUGGCCUUCUGCAAGAUCAUCGACUCCUACCGUGUUUUUCCGCGGGAACUGAAGGAGGUGUUCGCCUCGUGGAGGCAGCAGUGCAGCAGUCGGGGCCGGCCGGACAUCAGCGAGCGUCUGAUCAGUGCCUCUCUGUUCCUGCGCUUCCUGUGUCCAGCCGUUAUGUCCCCGUCACUUUUCAACCUGAUGCAGGAGUAUCCCGACGACCGCACUGCUCGCACCCUCACGCUCAUCGCCAAGGUCACGCAGAACCUCGCCAACUUCACCAAGUUUGGUAACAAGGAGGAGUACAUGUCCUUUAUGAACCACUUCCUGGAGCACGAAUGGACCAACAUGCAGCGCUUCCUGCUGGAGAUCUCCAACCCAGAGACAAUCUCCAACACGGCAGGGUUCGAGGGUUACAUCGACCUGGGCCGCGAGCUCUCAUCCCUGCACUCUCUGCUGGCCGAGGACGUCUCUCAGCUGGAUCAGAGCACAGCCUCUAAGCUGGGUCCCCUGGCCCGUAUACUGCGGGACGUGAACUCUGCGCUGACCAACCCAUCUGGGGUCCAGGUGUCCACCCCCACAGAUGGCAUGGGCUCUCCUCCCCUCCCCCUCCCAUUGGCAAGCUGCAGCCUCUCCACCGGCCUACCUCUUCACAAGAUAGUCGUGGACAGCGAGCUCUCUGGGUUAGUGGAUUUUACGAGGCUGCCGUCGCCAACCCCAGAGAACAAGGAUAUAUUCUUUGUGACGAGGAACUCUGGCAUCCAGCAGUCUCCAGCCAGAAGCUCCAGCUACUCGGAGGCCAACGAGGCGGAGGUGCAGCUCCCCAACAGCAGCAAGAGUCUGUCCAUGGUGGACCUGCAGGACAGCCGCAGCCUGGAGAGUACCCCUGGCCCCGGCCCUGGCUCCCCCAGCGACAUGCUCUUCAACGACAGCCAGUCCCCCGUCACCCCUGGGCCUGGGGGUUGGGCCGCCCGCACCCCGCAGGGCAUCGUCCCCACCCCUGGCCCCGGGCCCACUCUAAGGAGGACGGGCCAGACACCCACCACCCCCAGCACAGAAAGCAGCACCCCAGGGAGGCCCACCCAGCUCCUGGCCCCCCUCUCCUUCCAGAACCCUGUUUACCAGAUGGCCACGGGGAUGACCAUGAGCGUGUCCCCGCGGGGUCCCCUGGCCGACUCGGGCUCCGAUGGCCACAGCUCCGUCAGCUCUCAGGGCAACAACACAGAGGACACCCCCAAGCAUCCGGGGGUCUUCCUCACCCAGGGGGUGGCGGUCGGUAGUGGAGGAGGCAGCAGCAGUGAGUUCACCCGCCGCCAGCUAUCCCUCGGGGAUCACCAGCCCAACGUGCCGCGGCAGAACAGCGCCGGCCCCCAGCGCAGGAUAGACCAGCCCCCUCCGCCCGUCACCAGGGGCAGGACACCGCCCAACAUGCUCCAGACAGCCUACCCCGGGCCGCGGCCCUCCAGUGGCAGCAUGAUGUCAUUCCCCGACUGGGGGCCCAGUGGCGGCAACCGUCUGAGACAGCAGUCGUCCUCGUCUAAAGGGGACAGUCCUGAGACCAAGCAGCGCACCAUGCACAAACAGGCGUCCUCCCCUGUGAACCCCAAUGCCCUGGACCGUACUGCUGCCUGGCUGUUGAAUAUGAAUGUGCAGUAUUUAGACCAUGAGGGAGUUGACCCAGAUACCAAGCACAGGGAAGACCUCAGAAACAAAGAGGAGCUCACCCAGACUGAAAAGUACCAGCAGGAAAUAGCCAUCCUGCAGGACAGGCUGUGUCAGUCAGCCAAGAAGCUGGAGGAGUAUGAGUGUCACCUGAAGGGCCAGGACGAGCAGACCCAGACAAUGCUGCUGGAGUACCAGGCGCGGCUGGAGGACACAGAGGAGCGUCUGAGCCGGCAGCAGGACGACAAGGAGCUCCAGAUGAAGAGCAUCAUCACCAGGCUGAUGUCAGUUGAGGAGGAACUGAAAAAAGAUCAUUCAGAUAUGCAGUCGAUAGUGGACUCAAAACAGAAGAUCAUUGAAGCCCAGGAGAAACGCAUCGCCUCUCUAGACGCGGCCAACGCCCGCCUGAUGAGCGCUCUGACCCAGCUGAAGGAGCGCUACAGCAUGCAGACCCGUAACGGCAUCUCCCCCACCAAGCUCCAGAUCACGGAGAACGGAGAGUUCAGGAACAGCAGCAACUGCUAGGGAGGGAGAGGGGGCCAAGCCCAACUCAAUGACGCUUGGGCUGGGGGAGGGAGGGAGGAGGAACUAGCCACACCCAGCCACUCUCCAGAGAAAUAGAUUUAUACUGUCCAAAUCCAUUAUUUUCAAUGAAUGUGGUCAGGAUCACAGAAAGAAGGGCUAGACUGACUGAAACUGUUGCUUAAAAAUAUAAAGGACUUGAUCAGAUUCAAUCAAAUGUAUUUAUAAAGCCCUUCUUACAUCAGCUGAUGUCACAAAGGGCUGUACAGAAACCCAGCCUAAAACCCCAAACAGCAAGCAAUGCAGGUAUAGAAGCACAGUGGCUAGGAAAAACUCCCUAGAAAGGCCAGAACCUAGGAAGAAACCUAGAGAGGAACCAGGCUAUGAGAGGUGGAGAUUAUAACAGAACAUGGCCAAGAUGUUCAAAUGUUCAUAAAUGACCAGCAGGGUCAGAUA